AACCCUUUUUUGUACGGUGGAGAACUCUAUCUUGUAUUUCUAGUAUCUUUGGGCCAAGGCAAAGAGAGGAUCGAUUGACAUCGAUACCUACCAACCAAGUACUAGCGGAGGAUGAUGACCGGGAAAGAGGAGGCUUCAACAGGUAGGCCUACGGGAAAAACCUUUACGAAGGAGGAGGUAAAGCAACAUGGAAACAACAGCAAUGAGAAAUGGUUAAUUAUAGAUAACAGUGUGUAUGAUAUAACACGAUGGAUUGACAGACAUCCGGGAGGAAGGAGAGUGAUACGUCAUUUUGCCGGGCAGGAUGGAACGGAUGCUUAUACAGCCUUUCACAUAAAUAAAGAAGUGACAAAGAAUUUCCUAAAACACCUGCUAAUUGGCCACUUAGCACCUGACCAGCAAGACAAUGAUCCUAUUACAGAAGAUUUCCGUGCACUAAGAAAAACAGUUGAAGGCAUGGGUUUAUUCGAAGCCAACCUACCCUUCUAUGCUGCUCACUUGAGUCAUAUUGUUAUUUUGCAACUUGUAGCCUGGCUGUGGAUGCAUUACUUUGGAUCUGGCUGGGCAAGCUACUUAUUUGUGGCCAUUUUGAUGACUACAGCGCAGGCCCAAGCUGGCUGGCUCCAGCAUGACUUUGGUCAUUUGUCUGUCUGCAAAACGUCGUCUGCUAAUCAUGUGUGGCACAAGAUAGUCCAGGGAGGUAUAAAAGCUGCAUCAGCUUGUUGGUGGAACUACCGCCAUUUCCAACACCAUGCCAAACCAAACGUGAUUGCCAAAGACCCGGAUGUUGACAUGCCGUACCUGUUCGUUCUUGGCGACUAUGUCCCCGUACAGUGGGCCAAAAAGAAACGAGGAAUCCUGCCUUAUAAUUUUCAGCAGAAUUACUUUUUUCUGAUUUUUCCUCCUUUACUUCUUCCUCUAUAUUUUCAUUUUGAAAACGCAGUAUUCAUGAUUAGAAAAAGGACAUAUGUGGAUAUUGGGAUGGCAGCUAUAUUUUUUACAUUGCUGUUUUCAAUGUAUACACCAUUACUUGGAGCAUGGGGAACAUUUAAACUCUAUAUGUUUGUAAGAUUUCUUGAAAGUCAUUGGUUUGUGUGGGUUACUCAGAUGAACCAUAUCCCAAUGCAGGUGGACAAGGAACAGAACUCUGAUUGGCUGACCUCUCAGCUUGUGGCCACCUGUAAUGUGGAGCAUUCAUUUUUCAAUGAUUGGUUUACAGGACAUCUCAACUACCAGAUCGAACAUCACUUAUUCCCCACAAUGCCUCGUCAUAACUUCAUCAAAGUACAACCGUUGGUGAAAUCAUUAUGUGCCAAGCAUCAUAUUGAGUACCAGUCCAAAACCCUUUUCCAGGCAUUCGGUGACAUUGUCAGGUCAUUGAAGAAAUCAGGGCAGAUCUGGUAUGAUACCUAUCAUAACCUAGGUUAAUUGGACAUAAGUAUGGGAGCUUUACUGUUAUGGCUUUGACCCCAAAUUGAAGGGGCUCGGUUAUCAUAUUUUAUGAUAUUGCAAACAGGAAGCUCGGCAAAAAGAGUUCAAGUAUGAAUGCUGUCAUAAGAAAUUGAUGUUGCUUCAAAAAUUCCACAAGCAAGGGCCUUAAAUAUUUCUUGCCACAACUCCUCGUCCAUGUAAUGGUUUAAAAUGCUCUGUAUGCUCAGUGGGUUAAGCUUGUCUGAUAAUUCAAAUAUUAAGUUUGCUGUUGUUGAUUAGUCUGUUUAGGUCCUUACUUUGCUCUUCUUUUUAUACUAUUUUUCAUUAUUAAAGGAGCCGAAGAUUCCCUAUAGGUGGUUGAACCUUCCCAAAAAUGGGUGCACACCCAUCUCAGUCCACCUCAGCCCUACCAUGGUCAGGGCUUAGCUAAGGUGUGUGUAGUGCAUUUUCAUAUUAGUGGAUGUUCUAUUUUAAAGAUUUCUAUGUAAUAUUAUAUUUGUAAUUUAUGUUACUCAUAGAGUAUAAAUUAGACUUUAAAAGUGCUUUAGUUGUUUGUCAUUGGAUUAAUAUAUCCAAUAAUUAUGCAUUGAUACACACAUUGCAACCAUUCCCAAUCCCUUGUGUUGGGGAGUCCACUCCUGCUGCCAACCAGGUAUACAUUUUAACUCUUAGCAUAUAGAAGCAUUGCACAUUAAGUGCCUUACCAUUGGUACACAAUAUCUCAACCUAUUGACCUAUUUUCGAAGCCCAAACUUUUACUUUUGUACCACAUGUUUCUGCUAUAUGUAAUCUACUGCAGUAAAAACUUGUAGGUUUUUCUACUUUUAAAACUAUGGGUUAAAUUUGCUUGGAUUAUGUAACUGGGUGAAAGUCUUCUGUGCAUCUAUCUCUUCUGAAAGUAUUACAUUUUACGGAUUAGGACUUUUAUAGUGCAAUUGGUCAUUUAUACAUUCCAUUCUGUUUAACUUCAUAAAAUUACCUGUUUUUUUUUUAAAAAGUUCUCUAUACUUUGAUAAUUUCGUAUUUUUGUACACUUUUAUAUGAUAAUCUAAUUUAUUUGUUGCUUAUAUACCUAAUAUGCAAUCUACAAGCUGGGGUAAAAGCAAUAUGAGCACAUUCCAAGUGUUUAGUAUUUUCUAAUAAUGAAUGGUAUGAUAUGUAUUAAUAAUUUGUUUAUGUUUUGUAAAUUUAUGGGAUAGUAUACAAAUAUUAACAGCUCAUGAGGGGAAUGGUGAAAUAUAUUGCCCCGAGGUAAUGUGGAGACUGUGCCCUACUAUUGGAAGCGGUUUGGCGCAGCGGGAACGGUUUAGUUUCCCAACCUCGAGGUCAGGGUUUCAAUCCUUCGCUGUGCAUUUCGCUUGUAUCCUUGAGCAAGACACUUUAUCUGCAUUGCUUCUCUCCACCCAGGAGUAUAAAUGGGGACCUGGUGGGGUUACCUGCUCCUGCGCUGAUUACCAGCAGCAACACUUAGCAUGUAGACCCAAUGAGCAGCAAAAAGAACUUCAGCGCUUUGUAACUGAAAAGAAAGGCGCUAUACAAGUAACGAGUACUAUCUUCCCAAGGGCCCAUCCCCGAGGAGCUAUAGAUUUCACCUUUUCCCAAAAGGUGAUCUACAGUAAGGGCCAAUCUCUCUCAGCGUCCAUAGAGAGGUCGCAUGUCAUAGAUUGCAUAGCAACCACGUUAUAUGUGGGGCCUAGAGAUUACAUUGCGACAGGGCAAAAAAGUACUAUCAUUUAAGUACUUUUUUCCCCCAAGAAUUUAUGAACUAUCAUUCAACUUUCAUCAUAGGAGUGAUCAUUGAAGUUAUUGCCCGCUUCUUAACCAAUCGGAUUCUUUGAAUGUAUGUAUGUGGUGUAUAAUGUGAAAUAACAGUUUACUACUACUUAUAUAACUAUUUGUAAAAAUGUUUACAAAAUCAUGCUAUCAACAAGUUAGUACAACAGCUUGUAUUAGAACGUUAUAGGAAUGUAUAUACAUACAUCUCGUUUAGAAAAUUUGUUAUGAUAUCAUCACCAUCGUCUUCAUCAUCACCAUCGUCAUCAUCAUCAUCAUCACUGUUUGUUAAAAUGUUUACAAAAUCAUGUUAUCAACAAAUUGAUAUAAUAGUUAAACAAUUUCUCAUAAGGAUUUAAUAGAAUGUUUAUGCAUACAUCUGGUUUAGAAAAUUUGUUAUGAUAUCAUCGUCGGCGUCUUCACCUUCAUCAUCACCACCAUCACCAAUGACAUUAUCACCUUCCUUUACUAUGCAGAAACUCUUUUGAAUAUGGUUGCACAUGAUAUAAUUGAUGUGUUGUGAUAUAUAGCUAUUUUUGUGUACAAUUAAGAUUUGAUUGCCAUAGAUGGCAACUAAUAGUACAGUAUGUUAUAAAUAUAGUUACCUCUUUUCAGCCAAAAGCUAUAGUGUUUAAUAUAAACCGCAGUAUUUCUUGAAUAACAUUUGCUUUUUGUAUGCAAAAUUCGUGUAAAGUAUUUAAUUUAGUCUUCAAAGAUACAAACGCUAUGUAUUUUAUUACUAAUAUUUUGUAAUAUAAAGCCUUUACAGUAGUAGGCUAAAUUUUACAACCAAAAGAAAAAACAGCAAUGUACAUAGCAUGCGGUGUGUUACAUAAUUUAAUUUAAAAUUUUGCUGCGUCAUAUGAUUUUAAUUAAAACUUACAAUGUGUACUUUAAUGGUAUACUGCCACCAAAAUCAAAAUCAAUAAAUUAAAAAAUAAUAAUAAAUUUCCUAAUAUCUAUAUAUCAGUAAAAUAUUUUCUUGAAAAUUAAAACGAGAAAACAAUAUCUUAACAAAAACGGAAAUAUUAAUAAUACCUUUUCUAUAGGUACCGUUUUACAUAUUAAUACAGUACUGGCAUCAAAUUUAAGUAAAACUUCUUUAAAUCAUAAAGUAGUUUUUACGAACUGUGACUUAUUCAUAGCAGAUAACGUAUCAGGUUAUUUUGUAUGAUUGUUUUUCUUAUUGUUUUUGGUUGGCUGUAAAUGUUUAACGAGUUGAUUGCCAUAUCAUUUGUAGGCUUCGGUUUGGUUGAUUUUUUUUGUCUAGGUUUUAAUAUAAACUGUUUUUAUCAUUUUGUAGGCCUAUAACAUUUUAGCUUUAUAUUUGUGUACAAAAUUACUGUACUGUAAAUAAAUGCAUUUAGUUUGCAAGGUGUUGCAUUGAUUAAAGAAUGCUAUGCUCUUUAUUGCUUUUACU